AUGAAAAUACGGAAACGAUUCGGAACCUGGAAUAUAAGAACUCUAGCAGAAACAUCAAAACUUGCUCAACUUGAACGUGAAUUUGUACGUCUCAAUCUUUUAUUCAUCGGGCUAAGCGAAGUAAGAUGGAAUGGCUGCGGCGAAUACAAAACAUCCUCCGGCGCUACACUCAUCUACUCUGGAAAGGCCACAGGCGAAAAAAGAGAAAGUGGAGUAGGCUUUCUACUAUCCAAAGAAGCUAAACAAGCGCUCAUAGAAUGGCAACCACAUGGCGACCGAAUAAUUCUGGCAAAAUUUAAAACUCGAGCCAGAACCCUCACAUGCAUACAGUGUUACGCGCCUACUGAAGUCACCGACCCACAAAUCAAGGAAAAUUUUUAUGACUCCCUAUACUCUGUUUUAAAUAAAUGCCCUAGAGGUGAAAUAAAGCUCGUCAUGGGAGAUUUCAACGCACAAAUCGGGCCAGAUAACAAUGGAAGAAAGCAAGUGAUGGGUAAACAUGCUCUCGGCACAAUGAACGAUAAUGGGGAGCGUUUCUAUGAAUUAUGUAACACCAUGGGCCUCACCAUAGGAGGUAGUCUCUUCCCGCACAAACAUUUGCAUAAAGUCACUUGGGUUUCCCCAGAUAAUGCAACAGAAAAUCAAAUCGACCACAUUGCCAUCAGCAAAAUGUGGAGACAUUCAUUAUGUGAUGUCAGAAAUAAAAGAAGUGCAGACAUGGCUUCUGACCACCAUCUACUAAUCGGUGAAAUACAACUCAAAUUAAAUGCGGUCUUUAGAAAGCCACAAUUCAAAAGGAAACGGUUCGACCUCGCUAAACUCGACAACCCUACUGUUCAAAAUAACUAUCAAUCUCUUUUAUCGGCCCAAAUCCCUAAUCCCUUGCCACUAGAAGAAGAAAUCUUUGAAGCCGAAACUUAUUGGGAACAAGCAAAAUGUGCCUUCACUGAAGCAGCACAACAAAGUGUCGGUAUUCCUCAACGUCAAAAUAAUCCGUGGAUCACCGAACAUACAUGGAAUCUUAUAAAAGCGCGCAAAGGAGAAAAAGAAAAGGUUAACAGGACAAGAACGCGCCAAACAAAGCAGCAGGCACAAGCCAACUACAGUAUUGCCAACCGCAAAGUUAAACGCAGCGCUAGAGCCGAUAAGCGCAGAUGGCUCGACAAUUUAGCAACAGAAGCCCAAAAAGCAAGCGAAUCACAUAGGCUCAAAGACCUACACAACAUCACUAAAGCUAUGGUGGGACGUAAACACAGGAUUGCAAAGCCAAUAAAAAAUACCAGAGGCGAACUAGUACACUCUACCGAAGAUCAGCUAAAAGUUUGGGAAGAUCACUACAGAAAUCUCCUAGCGGGAAACAACACCUAUCCUCAGCAGGAACUAUGUAGUAGACACCACGAACAUAUUGCUCGCAACGAUAUAAACACAGAUGUACCUAACAUCAGUGAAAUUGAGGCAGCAAUAACUCAGCUUAAAGCAGGUAAGUCCGCUGGUCCGGACAAUAUUGCCCCCGAACUGCUCAAAGCAGACAAAAUUUCAGCUGCUCAAAUUAUUCAACCAAUUGUCAACAACUUCUGGUCCCAAGAGUCAUUACCGCCUAAUCUUAAAGACGGCAUCAUUAUUAAUAUACCAAAGAAAGGUAACCUGAUGGAAUGCUCCAACUGGAGAGGCAUAACUUUACUAAAUGUAGCUUAUAAAAUUAUUGCUCAAAUCUUACAUAAACGUUUAACUUCGGCCGCUGAGCCUACACUACGAGCCGAGCAAGCAGGAUUUAGGCAUAAUCGAUCAUGUGCCGACCACAUAAACAGCCUUCGAAUAAUAGUCGAACAGUCUAGCGAAUGGCGAUCUCCCCUAUACUUGCUGUUUAUCGACUUUAAACGUGCAUUCGAUACACUUCUCCAUACCACCAUCUGGUAUGCAUUAGAGUGUAAAGGUAUACCGAAAACGAAAACAAUUUGCGGCGAAGUGCCGCCACACUACUGGGAAACGCCAUAUUCGCAGCCCUACUUUGACAACUCAUCGCGACGUGAUGUUACGGCAACGGUGGGUCAGGCGGCGUUGUUGCAUUGUCGCGUACGGAAUCUAGGUGACAGAGCGGUAUCCUGGAUACGUAAACGUGACUUACACAUACUUACCGUUGGCAUAUUAACAUACACAAAUGACCAAAGAUUUCAAUCGCUACAUACCGAAGGAUCAGAUGAAUGGACAUUGAGAAUAUCAUCACCUCAGCCAAGAGAUUCGGGUACAUAUGAAUGUCAAGUAUCAACUGAACCAAAAAUAAGUCAAGGAUUUCGACUCAAUGUAGUGGUUUCACGUGCUAAAAUUCUGGGCAAUGCAGAGCUUUUCAUCAAGAGCGGCAGCGACAUAAAUCUUACAUGUCUGGCUAUGCAAUCUCCUAUACCGCCGUCUUUUAUUUAUUGGUACAAGGGGAAACGUGUAAUGAAUUACUCACAACGCGGCGGCAUCAACGUCAUAAUGGAACGUUCGACGCGCACAAGUAAAUUAUUGAUAGCGAAAGCAACUCCUGCCGAUUCGGGGAAUUAUACGUGCUCGCCAAGCAGUUCAG